AAGCCUUCUCCUUGGAGCUUAUACCGUGCUACCUGGACUCCAUACGUGUUUUCAUCUCUUCACAAUCAAAGACUGUUUCUGUUGGACUGCGACCUUGGAGAGUGCCUGGGUAGGCCUCCCUUCUGUCAUCUCCUCUGCUUUUCUGUUGGUACUUUGUCAUGGGGAACCUCCUUAAAGUGUUAACAUGCACAGACCUUGAACAAGAACCCAACUUCUUCCUCGAUUUUGAAAAUGCCCAGCCAACAGAAGCAGAGCGGGAAACGUGGGAAGAAGUGGAUGUCGUCCUAAAAGAUGCACUGGGAAUACUUGACGAACUGCAAGCAUAUAAAGGCGCAGGCCAAGAGAUACGAGAGGCAAUCCAGAACCCUAAUGAUGAGGCAUUACAAGACCAGGCAUGGGCUGCUGUGGUGCCAUUAGUAGGCAAACUAAAGAAGUUCUAUGAAUUCUCACAGAGAUUAGAAGCAGCGCUGCACAGUCUAUUAAGAGCACUCACAAGUGAGACAUACGAUGACCCCACACAGCAUCUGGAGAGAGAACAGGCCCUCGCCAAACAGUUUGCUGAGAUCUUGCACUUCACACUGCGCUUUGACGAGCUCAAGAUGACAAAUCCUGCCAUUCAGAAUGACUUCAGUUAUUACAGGAGGACCUUGAGCCGGAUGAGAAUCAAUAACGUUCCUGCAGAGGGAGAAAAUGAAGUCAAUAAUGAGCUGGCCAAUCGGAUAUCUCUAUUUUAUGCCGACGCCACACCGAUGCUGAAAACAUUAAGUGACGGCACAACAAAAUUCGUAUCUGAGAAUAAAAACUUGCCCAUUGAGAACACCACAGAUGUAUUGAGUACCAUGGCAAGUGUCUGCAAAGUCAUGUUGGAAACCCCAGAAUACCGCAGCCGCUUCAGCAGUGAGGAGACCGUUUCCUUCUGUCUGCGUGUCAUGGUCGGGGUCAUCAUCCUUUAUGACUAUGUCCAUCCUGUUGGUGCAUUCGCAAAGUCCUCAAAAAUAGACAUGAAAGGAUGCAUUAAAGUGCUCAAAGAUCAGCCUCCAAACAGUGUGGAAGGUCUUCUAAAUGCUCUCAGGUACACAACAAAACAUCUUAAUGAUGAGUCGACCACUAAAACGAUUAAAAGCAUGCUGCAGUAGCGACAAACUCUGGGACAUACACCACUGGCCUCAAGCAAAUGCUCAGGAGAUGCACAUACACUCUCUCUCCUGGACUAAAGCGAUGCACAGAAUGUUUUUUUUUUUUUUUUAUUAAACUGAAAAGAAUCAGACAAAAGCUUAAUCUUUUCUUGUCUUUUUACAAAACAGAUGCUACUGGCGUUAUGUGUGGUUUUCUGUGCCAAAAAAAAAAAAAAA